AUGUCGCGAAUCACUGCUCCCGCCUCAAAGCUCGCCCGCACUCUUGCCGAGUCGCAUCGUUCUGCCGGCGCCGUCCUUAUGCCCAAGUAUGAUGAGCUCCUCCGAGCUCCCCGCCGUCCUUCUGAGCACCAGCAGCACUCUGAGACCCGUGGUCUCACCACCACCCACCGCCCUACUCCCCAGCCAUCUAUCGCCCACCGCACACGGCCUCUGAUGCAGGGCUUCCACUCUUCUACUCCUUCCAAGACUCCCGCCGCUCACGUCGACACAACCGUCUUGCCCAAGAUCCACCCCAUUCCCACCUCGGACGAGCCUAUUCCCCGUGUUCCUCUUCUCCCCGACAACUACGGCGCUUUCCACCACUCUCUCUCCGACGCGGCCGACCUGGCCCGCGGCAACCGCCCCAUCAUCCUUGCCGUCGACCCCGAUGUGGUCGUUCCCGGUGCGCCCAUGGCCGACAUGGAGGGCAUCAACCUUGACAAUGUCGAGCUCAAGUUUGCGCAUGAGCCUCAGCCCGCUGCCACUACCGAAGAUGGCGACAAGAGCACAUUCUUCAGUGACAUUAUCCGAAGCAUGAGAGACGAUGUGUUUGCUCAGCCUCAGACCCAGAAAGCCUGA